AUUAGACCAUUCAUGGUCUCGAGCAGCGCGCCAAAGUCGGGCUCAGAUUUGACGGCGGGAGAACUGGUCGAUUGGGAGGGCGGUACUGACGAUGGAGACGGCGCGUUGAGCGUGACAGGACCGGCUAGGACGAAUUCGACUGCUUUGGUGAGAUCUACGAGGUUGUAUGGGUCGUCUGGGUGAUUGUCUGGACGUUUGAUCUGCAAGCGCUGUGAUACACGAGUUCAGAGGGUGGGUGGGGAGAUGGCACGGCAGAACGAUCUGCUCUGUUCGGCUGUUUAGAGUCGCCCUUUCGAGAUCAGGAUGCCAGACGUUGCGUAUUCGCCGAUCAGCGAAUGGAGAUCCGACAUCGUAUACUUUCGAAAAGAGUCGGUGCCGGAAUAGAGCUUCAAGACGGCCUUUUUGAAGUCGGCGUAGGUGGUUGUGACGGACGUGAACUCGUGACCCCGACUCGAGCAAAUUCCAGCUCGAGAUCACUGAAGUAUCGAGGUAGCUGGCGCGGUUUUGACGAAUCAAACUCCGGGGCUCCACGAGCGCCUCGGGCGGGCAUCUGGGAGGUCGCCAUAAUGGUUGGGGAUGGGGUAGGGGA